CGUAGUCUCAUCUCUCCCCUCCGCCUUCUCUCGCAAGGAAUCAACUAGAAAAGAUUAUUUUUGCAAGAACCCGCGCGUUCUUGUUCUCCGACCACCGCUCUUUUCUACUGGCGACACGGCGGACGAAACAAAACGAAUUAGGUCGCCGGUCACGUCUCCCUCCCUUAAUGAACACCCAUUAGUCCGAUUCCAAGUUUCGCUUCUCGUGGCCGCCUGUAGAAUAGCUUAGUUUUGGAAACUUUGUCCGUCCGCCGCCGUUCCCAGCUUUUUGUUCACCAGUGGCUGAACAAUAUUCUUCGUCCUCAUUCUCGUCAAUGGCGAGGCGGGAAGAAAAGCACGAUGAAGUGAGCAGCGGCUUGCUCGAUCAGUUCUAUGCGCAGUACAGCACUAGCACUAAUCAUAAUACCCAAAAUCGUACGAGGCAGCAGCAACAGUCGCCGCCCCCGCCACCGCCACAGCCAGCACUUCAACCGCAUGGCACCCCGAGCUCCAUGGCUUUCAAUUGGCAACUUGAAUCGCUUCUUAAGUUGCAAGCCGAAACAGCAGAGGUGACGAGGAUGUGCCAAAUGGCGAUAAAUCAGAAGUCUGUUGAUCAUAAAACCAUGGAAAAUCUGUCAUAUUGUUUGGAAUUCUUAAAUCACCCAAACAGUGAUAAAUCCAUGGAAAAUUUGACAAUGGUCAAGAAUUGGGUUUACUCUGUACUUCAACAGUCAACCCCAAGAAAGCCAGCUUCUCCGUCGUUGAAUUCAGAGCAAUCUUCUUCUUCUAAUAUGCUUCCAGCAGAAGAUGCUCGGCACCCACAUUUCCAGAUGUGCGCGAAUACACCAGACCAACGUAUUAACACAACCUCUCACUCAGGAUCUGUUCCUCCCAAGCGUGGGCGUCCAAGGCGCCUACAAAAGUCAGGGGAAGCAAUACUGCUAAAAAAACCAGAGAAGAAAGCUCAGAAACGCCAAAGAAUGCUGGAUGUCAAAGCGAAACAGGAAACAAAGCGGCAGCAGCAGCCGGUUUUUCCUAAUGAAAAGCCACAAAAAUCUGUGAAUGAGAGAAGUACUGGGACAGCAAAGGUUCAACACCAGAAGCCAGCUCCCCAGAAUGCAGUUGUGCAUAAUCAACAUGUGAAGUCUGCUACACAACCACCUUCUUCCUUUGAUUCAGAGCUAGACAAGUCAGGCAAAGUGGCUCAUCAUGCUUUUGCUGCUACUGUUUCGGGCAGGAAAGUGACAGAACAACCCUUCAGACACUUGGUUAAUUUGGUUCAGCUGAUAUCCCGGGAAGCAUUAAGUGCUGCUGUGGAAGAGAUUUGGUCCAUUGUCAGCUUGAGUGACCUUGCCCCUGGGGAGAUGAGGAUGAAUCAUUGGGGUGACGUAGUUUCUAGUUCCUCAUUUGAUACCAGCAUAUCAACUGCUAGGAUUGAGAUAAAUCCAGCUCUUCAAGAAGAAGUAAGAGGGAUAAAUCAGCGGCUAGUCGAGACUGAGGUGGCUAUUAUUCUAGAUGGUAAUGCAAGGACCAUAAUGAAGUGCUCGUUUAAUGCAGUCUCCAUCUCGCCAAUGCAACCAAUUGAGCCCUUGAAAUUGCUUGUCCCUGCAAACUAUCCUCAUUCCUCUCCUGUAUUCCUGGAAACAAUGCCAGUGGAUAUCAGUGGCGAGGAUGAUCUUUCUGUAAAAGCAAAAUCAAGACUGAACCGGUGCCUGAGAAGUCUGCUUCAUCCAGUGACGUUGGAGGACAUAGUGCAGAGUUGGGAUGUUUGUGCAAGACAAGUCAUUACUGAGUAUGCACUACAGAAUGGUGGUGGGAGCUUCAGCUCGCAGUAUGGGACCUGGGAAACUGUAUGAAGUGAUGCAGCCUACUAAAAUGAAGAAAGCGAAACAGAAACAGGAAAAGAAGGCUUUCGUACAGAGUAAAUACACAUUGGAAUUUUGAUAAUGCAGCUGCGAAAUAGGGGAUUUUGGGGUCUUUUUCUUUUAUCAAUAGAUAGCGCACACUGUACAUACACAGUUACUCUAUCAGCGACAAGAAACGACAAAUCGUAACCACCCGAACUCGAGUUUUUUUCAUCUAUACAGACUUCGAGUAAUCCCAAGAUUAAAUCAGCCUGAACAAUAGAAAAUGAAUUAAAAUGCGAUAA